AUGUUAGAAGAGAGAAAGGCCGAUGAGAGGAUGAAAAAGCAACAGGAAAUGGAGAGGAAAAGACUGGAAGAUGAACAAAGAAGACAGAAAGAUAAAGAGGAGAAAGAGGAGCGCAAAGCGCAGGCGAUGCGCGAAGCGUUAGAAAAUGCAGAGCGGCUGGCGCGUGAAGACAAGAUACGCGAGCGACGGCGGCACGCGUCAGAGCGACACGCGACAAGCGACUUGGACGAGUCGAUGCGACGAGUUCAGAUCACCGAGCAGCAGUCGCUCAACAAUGACGUCAUCAGCAGCGGCAGCAGCGUCAGCAGUAGCUGCGAUCAGCAAGAUUCAAGAUUCAAGAUUCAAGAUUUGAAGAUUCAAGAACAGUAUCGCAAUCAGCAGUUGACCAAUAACAACAACGCUGAUGACGCGAGGGAAGCGAUGUCGCGUGUCGCUGACGACGAGCGACGAAAAGCGGUGUCGCGUGUCGCCGAUGAUGAGCGACCAAUCGCUGCCGUUGUCGCUGCAGCUGUAGUCGCGCCUCUUGCGUCGCAGCCACCUCCCAACGAUCAUGCUGACCACUCCGAACAAGAUUAUGAAAUGUACUUUGAUUUUUACUUUGAGUUUUUAAAAAAGUUCUUCAGUUUCAACUUCAAUUGGGAUAGUUCUUUCGCCGCAGGAGAUCUCCGCAACCAGCUGUCUGUGAUACCCUCGCCUGGGAGGCUCCUCACGCCCAGCAAAUUCCGAACACGCCAGCGAGCCGUAGAAAAAGCAACCCAAACCUUCCUUAACAAAUGCGAACGCAACAAUAAGCUUCCACUGCGUUACAGUAGGAGCCAGCAACCGCCACGCCUGGAGGACCGCCCCAAAUGGGGCGUCAACAGACCCGAAAUGCAGUACAUCAAGCAGAGUGACCGCGAUCCUUAUAGGUUCCGGCGAAUCGUCAACAACAGCAGAGUCACACGGGGUCGCAAUACUAGCCAGGAGACAAGCAGGUCCCCUUCUCCAGGAAAACACUCGGUUUUCAAUAGCAGCCACCACUCGGAAACAACUCAUAAGAGUAUCACGUCCAACAGCCCUUCUAUAACAGGUAUAUCAGUGAGUCGAGGUACCACAACACCCCGUUUGCAAGUGAUCCAGAAAGUAGGUAGCAUAAGAAAGUCAUCAGCUGGAAGGCCUAGAUACAUUUCUGUGAAAGGAGCUGUAAUGCAUAGUAAUCAUCUGCGACAGAGAAUGUUGAACAGGGUCCAGCUGCAGCAGCCGAAAAUGAAUUUGGAAGAAAAUGUUGUCAAUCAUGAAAAAACGGAGAUCGUCUCAGUGAGAGACGUCCUUAAUCAGCUCACCUCGUUGCGCCAGGGUCUAUCCCAAAAACAACACGAGUGGGACAUAUCGAGGUGUCAGACCCCUUACUCCGAGGUGUCUUCAAGAUCUUAGAAUUUCAUAGUGAUAGCUAUAUCACAAACGGAAUCCAACUGCCUUAACGACAUUCAAUUCACAAGAAAUAAUCAUUCUUCAGAACUCAUCUAUCUCAUAUAGAAUUCUUCCUUCACACGAACCUUGUAAAAACAUGAAGACUAUUGUUAUUAAUUUUGUAGAUAGUUUUAUAAAAAUCUCUAACUUUAAUCAAUUAUAGACAGAAACGUUUUAUUGAAAUGUGUUAUUGGCUUGUAAGGACUAUAUCUCUUGAAAGUUUCAUCAUAGAGAAACAAUAGCGUAAAUAGAUAUCUCAUAAUUAUUAUUGAACGAAAAUCCUAAAUAAAUGCUGCAAAUCACCCC